ACCUCAUGUGACUACUGCAUUCUGUAAUUCGUCAUAGAGCACGCUUGGUACCUGUAUAUAAUAAAAAAAAGAUGUUGGUUUAGCUUCACAGAAGGAUGUGAACCACAGUUGGGGAUCAGGACGCCACUUCACCCAAGCCGACACCAUGGGAUUCUUGAGCCAGCUUGGGUUGCUGAUGUGGAAAAAUUCCCUCCUGCAAAGAAGGAAAAAAUGUGUGACGUUGUUUGAGAUCUCUAUGCCUUUGUUCUUUGCCGUGUUGUUCCUUCUCCUGAGAUUCAACAUUAAGAUAACACCAAAGAAUGAGGCCACACUCUAUGACGACUUCCCCGUGACGACGAAUGGAACUGUCUUUGACUUGAAAGGAACGGAUUCAGGAAAUAUUAUACUGUACACGCCAAACACAACAUUACUCAACAAUCUGAUGGCUCAAGUGGAGACCGACAUGGGUGUAAAACUGGCAAAUGUGACGGUGGUGGGGUUUGCCAGUCCGGAAGAGAUGCUUCGUCACUACAAGUACCACCCUGACAACAUCUCCUACGCUGCAGAGUUCAACGUCAUCUCGACAGCGACGUCGUUGCCGAUGUCUCUCCAUUAUAGCUUGCGCCCCAAAAUGGAAGACUGGGAAACAGAUUCCGUCACCUCGUUUUCCGGGAGCAACUCCCCCCGGGAUGGGGAACCAGAUUAUCGAUCAAGAGGGUUCCUCUUUCUGCAAAGAACAAUCGACGAAGCCGUCAUCAAAGAGUGGAACGCCAGCGCCUCAGAUCUGCUCGAUAACCUUGACCUUCGCCUCCAGCGCAUGCCCUUCCCGCCGUAUAGAGAGGACGGGAUGGCGACAUUGCUGCAGAUCUUGUUUCCCGUCCUUCUUAUGAUGAGUUUCAUCCUCAUGGCCAUCCAGACCACUAAAGGAGUUGUGUAUGAAAAGGAAAGAAAACUGAAGGAAUCCAUGAAGUUGAUGGGAUUGAGUGCUGCUGCUCAUUGGGCGUCUUGGUUUCUAACCAUCUUCAUUUACAUCCUGAUCUUCUCGGUCAUUUUCACCGUGGCCUGCGGUGUCAACAUCAGUGGCAAUGGCGCCGUACUGGCAAACUCCGACCCGUCUGUCCUGAUUGUGUUUCUUAUCUGCUACGGAGUGGCCAUUAUAUCGUUCUGCUUCAUGAUUAGUACCUUCACAAACAGAGCCAAUAUUGCUUCAGCAGUGUCUGCAAUCAUCUACUUCAUCACGUACUGCCCAUACUUCUACCUUCAAACCAUCUACACCGACAUGACUCGCCCACAGAAGCUGUCGUCAUGUCUACUGUUUAACAUUGCGAUGGGCAUGGGCGCUAACGUAUUUGGGUUAUAUGAAGGCACUGGUGUAGGUGUACAGUGGUCGAAUUUCAACCAGCCCGUCUCGGAAAGUGAUAACUUCUCCCUGCUGGACGCCAUUUUGAUGUUGCUAGGCGACACGGCAAUCCACCUCCUCAUCACCUGGUAUGUGGACAAUGUGUUGCCGGGGGAGUUUGGUGUGCCCAAACCAUUCUAUUUCCCCUUCACCGGAACGUACUGGUGUGGCACCAACCAGGUUAAACCAAAAGAUGUCGAAGUGACGAACCAAGACACUACAUACUUUGAAAGGGAACCAACAGAAAUGCAAGCUGGAAUCUCCAUAAGAAACCUCAGAAAGGUGUUUGGUAGUGGCUCAAGAAAAAAGGUAGCUGUCGACGGAAUGAGUCUUAAUAUGUUCGAGGGUCAGAUCUCUGUUCUCCUGGGUCACAACGGCGCUGGAAAAACUACAACUAUGUCUGUUCUUACAGGUUUCAUCCCUGCAUCUGGAGGCACCGCCAUUGUGAACGGUUACGACAUCAACAACGACAUCCAGAGUGUCCGCCAGAGUCUCGGUCUCUGUCCUCAACACAACAUCCUGUUUGACACUCUCACCGUACAGGAACACAUGGAAUUCUUUGCCAACCUAAAGGGAUGCCCGAGAAGUGACAGGGAAGCUGACAUCACGGCAAUGAUCAGCCAAGUCGGCUUGGAUUCCAAAAGAAACACACAGUCGCAACACCUGUCUGGAGGACAGAAGAGAAAACUGUCCGUAGGCAUUGCUCUCAUCGGAGGGUCCAAGAUCGUCAUCCUGGAUGAGCCGACUUCCGGUAUGGAUCCUGCAGCCAGGAGACAGACAUGGGACAUCCUUCAGAGGAACAGACAGGGCCGGACCAUGCUGCUGACCACUCACUUCAUGGACGAGGCUGACCUUCUGGGUGACCGCAUCGCCAUCAUGGCAGAAGGGGUGGUCAAGUGCUGUGGGACAUCGUACUUCCUGAAGAAGCUGUACGGAGCUGGCUACCACCUGGUGAUGGUGAAGGAACCCACCUGUCAGGUGGCAUCAGUGACGGCAGUUGUCCAGCAACACGUCCCUACAGCAGUCAUGGAGAGUGAGAUCAAUGCUGAACUCUCCUACCUGCUGCCUGAUGACCAGUCAGCCAACUUUGCUGCUCUCUUCACGGAGAUUGAAAGACGUAGUCGGGACCUGGGCAUUUGCUCCUUCGGGACGACAGCAACCACGAUGGAGGAGGUGUUCUUGAAAGUGGAUACGGAGCCGUCCAAUUCAGAGACGGAACUGAGGGUAACAGCAAAGGUUAGCAACGUGAAAAGUGAAGGCUUCACUAACGCCGCGAUGGUAGAUGCUGAAGAAGAAUCCAACGAGAAUGGAUUUGGCCUCUCGCACAUGGGUUCCUAUGGAGCUGUAGGUCAUCGAGAUCAUCAGAAACUGCUAGCUUUUAAUCGAGGGUUCAAGAAAGUGAAAGGUGUCCAACUGGAGCUAUCCCGAUUCAGAGGAAUGUUUAUGAAGAAAAUGAUCCUGACUCUAAGGAACAAGGUGAUGACUAUUAUACAACUCUUCAUCCCAGUUAUCUUUGGAAUCGCAGUCUUCGCAGCUCUUACUGCCUCAGGUUCAGGCCGGAAGGACGAGGGACCCAUCACUCUAGACAUGAUGCAGUUUAAUAAAACCAUUGUUCCAUACCAAAACGGUAGCCCACCAGUACAGCUAACGACGGAUCUUACCAACAACUUUGUCAGCCUUUUCGAAGGAACCUCUAACAAACCCCAAUGGGUUGACUUGGACACAUACAAGAAUAUGUCUCAUUACUUUUUAUCCGAGGUCGGCGAUGUGGGGUUGCCUGUUUUUGAUGUGAAAUAUAUAAUUGCUGCAGAAUUUGAAUCAAACACUACUGCUCGAGGUCACUACAACGGCCAACCAUACCAUGCACCACCGAUAAUAUUGUCAUCUAUUCUGAAUGGGAUCCUCAGAUAUUUCACAUCCCCCCAUCAUUCUAUAACAACAACCAACUUCCCUUUACCCCAGAACCAGUCUGACAGUUCUCGAACAACUCUUGUCGCUGGAGCCGGUACUGGAUUUGGGAUUGCCUUCUGCUUGAUGUUUGGAAUGGCUUUCCUGACAUCAUCCUUUGUCCAUUUCCUCAUCAAGGAGAGGCAGGUUGGCUCGAAGCAUCUUCAGGUCGUCAGUGGAGUGGGACCUAUUGUAUUCUGGAUGUCCAAUUUGGCCUGGGACUUCAUCAACUACAUCAUUCCGUGUCUAGGUCUCCUAAUCGUGUUUGCUGCUUUCCAGUCAGAAGCCUAUGCCGGGGACGGGAGACUGGGGAUCAUGUUCCUCAUCUUUGUGGUGUACGGCUGGGCCGUACUACCUUUCAUGUACGCACUGCAGUAUUUAUUCAAAGUUCCUGCAUCUGGAAUGGCCAUGAUCACCAUUCUAAACAUCGUUACAGGAAUGUUCAGCGUGAUGAUCACAUUCCUCCUGACCAUGUUCAGGGCGGGUGCGGUGCUGGGAGUCCUGGACUGGAUAUUCACGGUCUUGUUACCUCACCACGCUUUCGGCAUGACCUUCUUUGAAAUGUAUAUCAACUACAACAACCACGAAUUCUGCAUCGAACAAAACUACAUAGAAGAGUGUGCGCUAGGAACAGUGAUGUCUUGCUGCAAAGAUACCUGCGGCAACAACUGUUUGGUAUUUUCAGACGAUUUCCUUCAGUGGGAACUGCCAGGAAUUGGACGCUUCAUAUUCAUGCUGAUCCUACAUGGAUUCUUUUACAUGUCAGUCAUUUUAAUGAUUGACUACCAAAUUCCGCAGAAGAUUGCCUAUUGCAGUGGGCGACACGAUGUGCAGGAGGACGGGGAACAGUAUAUCGAAGGUCGCCUUCCGGAAGACAGUGACGUGUCUACUGAGCGCCGACGCAUCGAUAGCAUAGACCCAGCUUCCGGUUCCUCUGAUGCUAUUGUCCUGAAGAAUCUGUACAAGAGAUUCGGGGAAGUUGUGGCCGUGGAUCAUCUGAAUAUUGGCAUAGCCGAGAAGGAGUGUUUUGGUCUGCUGGGUCAGAAUGGUGCCGGGAAGACGACGACGUUCAGGAUGAUGACGGGAGAAGUGAUGGUGACGGGUGGAAAUGCCUUUCUGUGGAAACAUGAUGUUAGGAAUCAGUCUAAGAAGGUGCAGGAGAACAUGGGCUACUGUCCCCAGUUUGAUGCCCUGAUUGACCAGAUGACAGGACGAGAGACCCUCGCCAUGUACGCCCGGCUACGUGGUGUUCCGGAGGGCAGCGUCUCCGACGUGUGCACCAAACUGCUGGACAUCAUGAUGCUGCACAGCUAUGCAGACAUUCCGACACAGGAAUACAGUGGAGGUAACAAGCGUAAGCUGAGCACUGCCAUCGCUCUGGUUGGAGACCCGGCCUUCAUCAUGCUGGAUGAGCCGUCCACAGGGAUGGACCCCAAGGCCAGGAGGCAGCUCUGGAACGUCCUUUCAAAGGUCCGGGAGUGCGGCAGGACCCUCGUGCUCACGUCUCACAGCAUGGAGGAAUGUGACGCCUUGUGCACAAAAAUCGCCAUAAUGGUGAAUGGAAGGUUCGUCUGCCUGGGAGCGCCUCAGCAUCUCAAGAACAAGUUUGGUCAAGGGUACACCCUGAUAGCUAGGAUGGCCAUGCUUCCCGACGGUCAAAACACCGCACCAACCCAACCCCUGGUUGACUUUAUCAUGUCCAUAUACCCCCAGACUCAGGUGUUUGACGACCACCAGGGCUACGCCCACUUCCAGGUGCCCGACACCUCCGUGAGUCUGGCCCAGGUGUUCACGUCCAUGGAACAGACCAAGGAGCAAUAUUGUGUGGAGGACUACUCUGUCCAUCAGACAACACUGGAGCAAGUGUUUCUCUCAUUUACACGACAACAGGUACCACCAAAAGAAAAACCUCCCAAAGGUUUCUGUAGAACAAUGUGUUGCUGUUGCUGCAAUUGCUGUUUCAGUUGUUGCUGUUUAUUCUCACGGCUUUGAUUACAGUUCCUUACCUGUAAUAUGAAUACGUUAAAGAACCUGUCAGUGUGUGAAAUAUGUAUUGUGUUCGUAUGCUGUGAACUUAACGUGUUUUGAGUUUGACAUCAUCUCUGUUUAUAAUCAUAUCUUGUGUGGAACUAGUCUUGGCGCAGGGGAUGUGAAGACAACCCCAAAUAUCACAAUUUUUUCAUCACACGGCUGCUGAAAAACGAUCUUUCAAAGGCAUUACCAGAGUAGGUGACUGAUAUUGAUAAGUAUUUCAGCUAUAUCGCGAUUUGUGAGGUCACAGACGUUUAACACUUGAGUUAAACCACGAGCACGGGCAUGGAGACUAACCAAGCACCAUACUCCGAGAUCAAGAUUCGAACCUACAAUACACGAUCCUAGGUCACCUUCCACAAAGCGACCUCCCGCUCUUUAACGUUGAUUUACUUUGAGUUAUGCCCCGGCAUGAAUAUGGAAGAUUUAAGUUUGCACAGCUAAGAGAUGGGUUUCAGCUCACGAGGUCGCCGUGCGCUCUAAACGGCAUUUUUAACAUUCCAAAGGUUAUUUAAGAUUAUCUUUUUGCAUCGCAUAACUGAUCACCUGCACACGGCUUUAACUGCUGUGGUCGCACUGUUUAGCCACAUCGCGAACAAUCUUGAGAACUCUUAAACAAACAUGUUCAUGGUAAAAGGUUGAUGGUAAAAAUAUUUAUGUUCUAUUUAUUUACUACGUAUCUACAUAUAACCGACUUGAUUGUUUAAAAUACAGUCAAACACCGUUGUGUCGAAAUUGAAGGGACCUACGUAAAUACUUGGCGUUAUCAGAGGUUCGGCACAACCGAAAAUGAUAAAUAAAGAAGGAAUAAGCAGGGGACAAUGUUUUAGUGCGAGACAAGCGUAAGUUCGACACAACCGAAAAUGAUAAAUAAAGAAGGAAUACGCAGGGAUCAAUGUUUUAGUGCGAGAUAAGCGUAAGUUCGACAGAUUAAAGAUCGACACAACAGUGUUUAACUGUAUGUGAUUUGUGUCUUGUUUGGUUAAAUUACUAAUGUGUAUGUAUAAAUAUAGCAUUAUUGACGGACGGUAAAACAGAACAUUUAAUAAGGGAAGCAAAUGUUUGCAUGUGAUACCAGAUUUAUCUGGAAGAUUAUCAGAUGUUGUUGUGUCAGUG